AUGUCUAUGUCCAAGCCAGUGAUGUCCCUAGCGGAGAAGACUGCUCAUAAGAGGAAUUUAAUCAGAAUAAGGCUUGCCAGAUUUGGUCGUAAGCACCAGCCUAUUUAUAAUAUCGUAGUGAUGAAAGCGAAAAAGGCUCAACAGAAAGUGCCAAUUGAAGUUAUUGGAACUUAUAACUCGGUACCUACUCCGCAACCAUCUUUUGACAAGUCGAUGCCAGUAAAAGAUAUAAGUUUGGAUUUUCAUAGAGCUAAAUAUUGGCUAGGAAGAGGCGCAGAGCCAACGGAUAGAGUUGCAUGGUUAUUCAAAAAAGCUGGUAUUUUGCCGAGUUUCUGGCCAUCUAGUCAAAAUAUUACUCAAGAAAUUCUAUCCCCAGUAGUGGAAGAUAUUCGGGAAACUCAAGAACUACCGGUGGAAAAUAUUAGGAGAAGAAACGAUAAAAAGUAUUAG